CCAAAGACCGAAUAAAGGUGUAUCCGGGACAAGGAUGUCAUUCCUCUGUCGGCAGAGACGGCGGCGAGCAGUUGAUGUCGAUGGGAUAUGGUUGCACAUAUACAUACAUUACAGCUCACGAAAUCGGUCACGCCCUUGGAUUCGUUCAUACCCUUGCGCGUCAUGACCGUGACGACUUUAUCAAGAUCAACAAGGAAGCUAUUU